GCCCCUUUACCACCGCCAUCUUCUUUUUGGUUGGCGUCAUCGUCUUUGAUAAUCUCUUCCAAACUGACGCGAUUUUACGGAAUCCCAGAAGUGGAAGGGAUCACUAAGUACCCUUAACCGAUAGAGAUGGACGACUUUACAUGUGUGCCUCCCGCAAAUGUUCUCACGGAGCAAACUGCGAGUGAGGCACACAUGGAAGAGGAGGAAACGGGAGGCACGGGGUGGCAACAGGACAAGGAAGAAGAAGACGCGCCAUGUCGGGAAGCGUACGAUGAAAAACUACCAACUGAUUGUCUUUCGAACAAGACGCACAUAAAAGAGGAGUCAGAAGACACGGGGUGGCAGGAGGGCGAAGAGGACCAUGUGCUACGCCAGAAAACGUAUAGCGAGGGCCGGGACACGUACGGUGUAACCCUACCAACCUGGUGUCCUGGGAAUAAGGAGGUACAUGUAUAUAACAGUUUGGGACAGACAGUAGACUUAGGACAGCAGCGGAACGAGAAAAAGGACUUUGCAGAAAACGAAACGUGUGGUAUAAACUGUACCGGGUCUAACGAUGAGUACUUGCCACAGACAUCUGUACAGAGCAGUACAGUACAAGAUGUCAACCACUGGGCAGCACAUGCAUUCAUUUGCUGGAAGUGCGGUUACCGAACAACAGAAAGACAUCUCUUGUUUAAACAUAUGAGAACACAUACCGGUGAGAAACCGUACGUAUGUGGGGAGUGCGGAUUCAGAACGGCUCAUAGGCCUAACCUAUCCCAGCACAUGAAAACACAUACAGGUGAGAAACCGCACAAGUGUGACCAAUGCGACUAUGCUGCAGCACGGAAAGACCGUUUAGACCAGCACGUCAUGGUUAAACACACCGGUGAGAAGCCCUACAUGUGCGAGGACUGCGGAUACAGAACGACUGACGUUUCCCUCCUUUCCUACCACAGGAAAAAACAUACCGGUGACCAACUUUACAAAUGUGACCAGUGUGACUACUCUGCUGCUCGUAAAUCUCAUCUAGAUCAACAUAUGGCUAAACACAGUGACGAGAAAGCCUACAUGUGUGGGAAGUGCGGAUACAGUACGGCUUAUACAGCUAACCUGUCCCGGCACAUGAAAACACAUACAGGUGAAAAACCCUACAAGUGUAACCAGUGCGACUACUCUGCAACCCAAAAAGGCCAGGUUGACCGGCACAUUAUGGUUGAACACACAGGUGAGAAACCCUUUAACUGUGACCAAUGUGAAUACUGCGCAGCACGGAAAAGCCAUUUAGAUCAACACGUCAUGACAAAACACGCUGGGGAAAAACCCUACGCGUGUACUGAGUGCGAAUACAGAACGGCUAAUAGGUCUCACCUAACCCGACACAUGAAAAAUCAUACAGGUGAGAAACCCUACAAGUGUGACCAGUGUGACUAUUCUUCCACACGGAAAGAUGCUUUAAACCAACACGUCAUGACAACGCACACCGGUGAAAAACCCUUCCUGUGCGAGGAGUGCGGGUACAGGACAGCUGAAAGAUUUUCCCUAACAAGACACAAGAGAAAACAUACAGGAGAGAAACCUUACAAAUGUGACCAGUGUGACUAUUCCGCUGCACAUGGGCGUUAUUUGAAGAAACAUAUGGCUAAACAUACUGGUGAUGUUGCAUACAUAUGUAGGGAGUGCGGAUACAGCACGGCCUAUCAGGCUAACCUCUCCCGGCACAUGAAAACGCAUACAGGUGAAAAACCCUACAAGUGUGACCAGUGUGAUUAUUCUGCCGUACAGAAAUUUCAGGUAGACCAACACGUCAUGGUAAAGCACACCGGUGAGAAACCUUACAAAUGUGAUCAGUGUGACUAUUCUGCUACCCGAAAACAUCAUUUAGACCAACAUAUGGUUAAACAUACGGGUGGAAAAGCGUGUGCGGAAAUAAAUUUAUUAUUCUAGCAACAAUGCACACGAUCCUUUAGAAUGCAAGUAAAUGUUAACAAAUGACUUAUCAAAAUAAACUAGGAGUAGUACAAUCAAUAUGUAUCGAAAAUGUAUACGUCAAUUUUUUGUGAUACAAUGUUCAGCAUCUUAUAUUAAACUAUUACAUUUCUUCUCUUGACUAUUUAGUACAGGGAAAAUUAUAUAAUUUUGCAUGGAAACACUCAAGUUUGACGUCACCUAAAACAAUUGUAUAGAAAGCUGCACGUGUUGUCCUUUGUAUGACCCCUAGCGACCCCAUGUUAAGUCAAAGUUCUAUUUUUAGUUUAUUUGGAGCUGCUUUGUACUUACUUAUCCUCUUCAUCCUUGCGGAACAUAAG